AUGGCCUACGAUGGGUACUAUUCCAACCCUUACCAAACGGGCUCCAUGAACCCUCCAAACGACGGCUACUCGCCGAAUCCUCCAUACCCAACUCAAUACGAGGAGCGCAUCAACAUGCCGCAGCCGCAGAUGCCGACCGGCCCGCCAGCCCCAAACCCAGAGCUAUACCCCGAACCGCGAUACCCAGGACAGCACCAGAACCACAACCCAGGUGCCAUCAACGACGCCGUAAACUCCGCCGUCCACAACAGCGGCUCUACAGGCUAUCUAUCGCCAGAGGUGCUGUCACAGAUCACAGCGACGGUCAUCCAGCAACUCAAAUCAACCGGCCUGGACAACCUACAAGGAUCACCUUCAGUCCCGGGUCCACCCCCGCUCCGCUCGCAAUCGCAACAACCAGCCUGGCAAACAGAGCCAUCGGUGCGCCCGCAUGCUGAGUCCCCUCCUACCAUGGCUGCACGGAGCAACUCUAUCCCCCCAUCUGUCCCUGUCUCGGGUGAUAGCAAGGAACCUUUCCAGCCAUACGUUGAGCCAUACGUUGAGUCUGAGUAUGGUGAUAGUCGUCCCAGUCCGAAACCGUCUCCCGAUCCGGUCUUUGAAAAGCGAGGCUCCAUGUCGAGCCAGGGGAGUGCGCCCAGUAAUCCCAAAAUGGAGGCUAGACCAAAGCCGCCAGAUCGCGAUGCUACUGUUACGGAGAUGACAACUCUUGAGCGGAUUUGGGGGAAGUUGUUUGAGGAUGGGAAGCCUACGAACAGGCUUGGUCAGUUCUUGCGUGGUAUUGCGCUUCAUUUGAUUGAGGAUUAUCCUCCUGGAAAUACUAUCGUCAUUGUUCCUCACAAACUUCAGAAGUUUUACAAGGAUACUCAUGUUUCGUCGGAUUCUUACCCAUGGCAUGAUAUCUUCGAUGAUCGCACAUCGUCAAUCUCACGCCUAUUCCGCGAUGUCGAGGCCGAGCAUCAUCUUGUACAAGACAAGCUUGGAGAACGCCCUGACAUUCCAGGCCUGACACCAAAAGGCUUCGAGAGAUGGGCUACUCUAAUGAUCCUCGCCCACCCCGAGCGGGAAUACGAGCGACUCCAAAAAGCAGUUCUCAACAUGCCAAUCAGCAACCCCGACGACAAGAAAGAGCGCUUCCCCAAGGAAAUCCCGCGCCGCCUCUUCCCAGAUAUCGGUGAUCUCAAGAUCAGAGAAGAAAUAGAAAAUCAAAUGAUGAAGCAAUGCGGCGUCGACCUCCCCGAAAUCACUGACGAGGAACGCGACGAAGCCACCCGCUCAAGAAGAUCCCCCACGUCAACCACAUCUUCCACAGAGCGAACUCAUUCAUACGAACGAGGCCGACCACCACCUGCGAAAUCAUCCCCGCCCGCAGCAAAACCGAGGGUAAGAACAGCCUCCACCUCCCCGGUCAUGAUCGACGACGGAGACGAAACAAUCCCCUCCGCCCCAAUCGAGCGCGAACGCAAACCCUACAGAGCAACCCCAGGAGGCGGCAAAGUCUACGAAGGCCCCAGCUCAGGUUCAGGCUCAGGUUCAGGCUCAGGCUCAGGCUCCCAAGCCCCAAGCCACAACCACAGCGGCUCCUUCUCCACGCCAAGACAAUCAGACGCAAACAUAAAAUCCCACCCACCACCGCCAUCCAGAACGACAAUGCCAGACGCCUACGACCGAGACUCGCUCUAUGCCCGCACGGGCUCAGGCUCAGGCCCAGGUACAACACCCGGCCGACGCUUCUCCCGUAGCUCGCGCAGCUCAUCUCGAAGUGUGAACCAGCGCACUGGCGAUUACAGACACUCGGAGAGUGACCUGUUAGGCCGGGACCGUGAGCGCGAGCAUUUGCCACGGUAUGGGGGCGUUUCGGCGCAGGAUUUGCAGUACAUGGAAUCUCCUACUUCUGCUUCGCCAGAAGUUGAUGAGCCCAGGCGGUUCUAUCAUCAUCGCGGAAGUAGUGCUCGUCCCGAUGAAGAUUAUUAUCGUGGGGUAUGA